AUGAACCACUUGAAGCUUCUGACGGUGGUGAGCGACGGUGCAGUCAGACACAAGGACUUGAACCAAGAGACAUCUAAUUUAUUGAAGGAGAUGGUUCAGGAGAUAAAGCUGUGCCGGUCUGCACGAAGAGGGUCAGACCUAGUGUUUGCACUUCCCGAAUCGACACUUGCGUUUCCUAGACAGUACUUGAGGGAGCAUAUCGAGACGCGGUGGGAAAGGUUUGCAAGGACCAAGGGGAUAGAGAAAAGGAAGAAGAGCCCGCUUGUGUAUGACGAGGAGGUAGGAGAGUAUAUCCCCCGGUACGGUCCACACAGCAAGAAGAACAGAAUUCUGAAGGCUGCGAUCAAGGAUGGAGAGGUAACGUUGUCUGCACUCAGGAGGCAGAGGAAGAACAACAUCGAGAAGAACGAGGCAAACAGACUUGGCAACAUUUCGAGGAGGAGAGGAAACAGCUGA